AUGUCAUCGCCUUGCCGUACCUCUGCUGUUCUGGUGGUCUUUGUGGCCCUUGCUGUCGGUGCCGGGGCUGAACAGCCCCAAGAGAGGAAGUGCGACGUGGUUGGUGAUGAGACCAGCGAGUCGCAAAUGGAGAAGGCCUUGCUGCAGAAACUGGAGCCGCUGAGCCAAAUGAGGUUUAAUGUGACCGUAGAGAAAGGCAAAACGGAAAACUACGUCUACCAUUUCAGGGUGUGCAGGGAGGUCAACAGCACCUCACGCGAUUUUGGUGGCCUGGUGCAAACAGAUAGACAGAAUGGAAAGACUACAGUGAUAGGAAGAAUCAAUGAAACCCAGGUCUUCAAUGGAAGUGACUGGAUCAUGCUGAUAUAUAAAGGGGGUGAUUCAUAUGGCAGGCACUGCAGUGGUGAGAAGAGAAGAGCUGUGAUAAUGAUUUCUUGCAAGCGGGGAGUUACAGCGAGUUCAUUCACAGCGAAGGACUCCCCCCUCAGCGUUGGCUCCAUUCUGCUGAUCACGUUUGCUUCGGUAAUUGCAGUCUACAUCAUUGGUGGGUUCCUUUACCAGCGCCUUGUAGUAGGAGCCAAGGGCAUGGAGCAGUUCCCUCACUUCGCCUUCUGGCAAGAUCUGGGCAAUUUGGUGGCGGAUGGCUGCGACUUUGUCUGCCGAUCCAAGCCUCGAAACGCGCCAGCUGCGUACCGUGGUGUGGGUGACGACCAGCUGGGCGAGGAGUCAGAAGAACGAGAUGACCACUUGCUACCAAUGUGA